AUGCUGCAUCUUGCUAACUUGAUUACCUACAGAGUCUCUUCUAUAGUCGCCUCAUGCUUCCUGAAUUUCCGCUCUCGCCCUAAAACUCCUCCCACUGACGUGGUGCUCGCAACCAGAUACGACUACUUGUUCAAGCUGCUCCUCAUCGGUGACUCCGGUGUAGGAAAGUCAUGCUUGCUCCUUCGAUUCGCCGAUGACACAUACACGGAGAGCUAUAUCUCUACCAUCGGUGUCGACUUCAAAAUCCGAACCAUCGAGCUCGAUGGCAAGACAGUCAAACUACAGAUUUGGGAUACCGCCGGCCAAGAGCGAUUCCGGACUAUCACCUCUUCGUACUACCGCGGCGCCCACGGUAUCUGCGUUGUCUACGAUGUCACAGACAUGGACUCGUUCAACAAUGUAAAGCAGUGGCUGCAGGAGAUCGACCGAUAUGCUACCGAGGGUGUCAACAAGCUGUUGGUUGGGAACAAGUCCGACAUGGCAGAUAAGAAGGUCGUUGAAUACACUGUUGCAAAGGAAUUUGCCGAUAGCCUUGGUAUCCCAUUCCUGGAAACGUCGGCAAAGAGUGCCACCAACGUCGAGCAGGCUUUCUUGACCAUGGCCCGCCAGAUCAAGGAGCGCAUGGGCACGACGACCGUUAACAACAAACCAACGGUGCCAAUUGGGCAAGGACAGGGCGUACAGAGCGGUUCCGGUGGCGGUUGCUGCUAG